AUGCUAACCAGCCUCUGUAACCAACAAGCUUAUAUAGAUCUAAAUACACAUGGAUAUAUUGCCGACCCAAGGAUCCGAAUGUUCACUUUUGAUAACGAACUUUUACAAAUGACAGCUGGACCAACAACCGAACAACCAUGUUCCGGGUACGAACCAGGACCCAUCGUUGCAACAUAUAAAUCUGGUCAAGUUAUUCCUAUAACAUGGACAAUUUUUACAGCUCAUGGUGGCACCUGUAGCGUUGAACUCUCGAUAAAUGGCAAAGAUUCUGAAUUUCAAGAAAUAAAAUCAUAUUCAAAUUGCGCAGAUGAAAUUGGUACAUUUAAUGAUACUUGUGCGGAUAUUAAGAUUGAAGCUGAAAAUAAUAAGUCUACGAACACCGUACCACUUACAACUACAUUAUCUACUCCACUUACAACUACAUUAUCUACCCCACUUACAACUACAUUACCUACACUACCGAUUUUGAAGACCAUAUCAUUAACUUCGAAUACCAUAAUGACACCUACCUCUACUAAAUUUCCAACGCGCACUUCUUCAACUACUAAACCUAAAAAAUCAACGUGCACUCCUUCAAUUACUAAACCUAAAAAAUCAACGUGCACUCCUUCAAUUACUAAACAUAAAAAAUCAACAUGCACUCCUUCAAUUACUAAACCUAAAAAAUCAACGUGCACUCCUUCAAUUACUAAACCUAAAAAAUCAACGUGCACUCCUUCAAUUGCUAAACCUAAAAAAUCAACGUGCACUCCUUCAAUUGCUAAACCUAAAAAAUCAACGUGCACUUCUUCAAUUGCUGCACCUACAAAAAAUUAUAAACCAU